AUGACGGACAAGAACGAGAAGGGUAUACUUUCUUUUUUCCAGAACACUAUUAGUGCUAAAGUCAAGAAGUCGAGUGAGGUGAUUGAUCUGGAUGACCACCACGAUGAUGAUGAGCAGCAGAGUGUAGAGGAGGGAACACAGAAGCAAUUGAGUCCCAUGAGUGAUGGCCUUCAGAAGGAGGCCACCUUGGAUACCAGUCAGGACGAUAGUCAGAGCAGUAACGGCGGCACUGCCAGCUCAUCACAGAGUGAGUCUCGACAGAGUGAGAAGAAUAGGAUGAGAGAGUUGAAAAGGGUACAAAGAGAGGCUGAGAAACUGCGUAGAGAACAAUUAAAAGCGGAGGAGAAGUUGAAGAAGGAGAAGAAGAAAGAGGAAGAGCGGUUACGACGCGAAGAAGAGAAGAAGAAACGUGAAGAAGAAAAGCGCUUAAAGGAGCUACAAAGAGAAGAAGAGAAAAGGAAGAGAGAACAGGCAAAGGAGGAAGAGAGGAAAAAAAAAGAGCAAUUAAGACUUCAGAAGGAGGAAGAAAAGCGUCAGAAAGAAGAAGAGAAAAGGCUAAAAGAAGAGGCCAAGGAAAGAGCACAGUCACGUAUUGGUAACUUCUUCAGGAAAGUAUCGGAUGAUGCAAACAAAAAUGUAUCCAGGAAGACAGACUACGAGAAAUACUUCCUUCCGUUUUAUGCUCGAGAUGGUGUUGAAAUCCGCCAACCAUGGACAAUGGACACUCAAAAAUUACAAUCGAGUAUAAAGACGCUGGACGAUUUGCUCAAGGACAGAAACCAAGAUGCGUCCACCCUAGAUCCAUGCAGUUGGUUGAAAGAAAGAUCCCUAGAUGGUAUAGGCUAUCCAAUAAAAAAUACUGCUGUAUCUCUUCUACAGCAAAUGACUGCGAAGGAAAAGAGCGAUGAAGAAUUACAAACUAUGCUCUCAAUGGUGCCACAUAAGUAUAUUAAGUUCUACGAGAAUGUGAGACCACCUUACAUUGGGACGUACUCGAAAGAAUUCUUUCUCCCCAUACUGGAUCCUUUCUCGACUAGUAUAACAGAUUUUAAUUAUGAUUACGAUUCAGACUUGGAAUGGGUGAACGAGGAGGGCGAAGAAGGUGGUGUUGACAAUUUGGAGAGUGGUGAAGACGACGACGAUGAAGAAGACGAUGACUUAGCCAGCGAAGGUGAGUUCGAUGGUUUCCUGGAUACUGAGAACGGUGACGGGAACUCUAAGACAGGUACUAACGGUAAGAAGUUUAUAGGCCCAUUAAUACCUAUAGUGCAACUAAGGUCAGAUAUAUCGACUUUCGAUGAAGAAGAUAGGAUAUAUUUCAAGAAGCUCGCCGCAGUGCCGUUGACCCAAAUGGAGACGUUUUCCAUUGAUCCAAACUAUAUUACACCCAGUCCAUCUCCAAUCAAGUCAUCCUCUGCAAGUCAGAGAGAUCUGAAAAGAGCAGCCACUGAUCAAAACUCCUCUGGUCUAUCUACACCAACACAAUCUCCUAAUAAGAAAUCCAAGUCAAUAAUAACAGAAGACCAGGACCUACUGACGUUACUGAAAGAAGUACAAAACAGCACUUUCUCCUUAGCAACAGUCUCAGAGAUAAUACAAAAGAACUUACCAAAGUAUAAUAAACAAACAAUCAAGAACACAGUGAAGGAAUACGCUGUGAGAUCAUCAGGUAAAGGAAACGAGCCCCGCAAAUGGGAAAUAAAGGACCUAGAGCAUUGGGAAAACCUACAGAAAGCAGGUGAACAUAAAGAAUAG